AUGACAGCGGUUGGACCAUCAAUUAACUUGGAUGAUGAAGGUGUUGAGCACGAGCUUCACGAGGUUGACUUCACCGAGGAUGAGGUUUCGCAGGCGGACGACGACAGUUCGACGACGGCGACUACGGCGGCGGUGACGGCAGAAUUGAAAAAAUUGGCGGCGCGACACGAGGAUGAUGAGAAUCACAUCGAGUGCGUCGAUGAAUCGGACGAUGUCGAUGUGCGCGACAAGAAGGCGGACGCGAAAUCGACGAAGAAGCUCAAAGAGGACAAGGAGAGAAGCGAGAAAGAGAAUAGGCAAAAGCAUCGGGAGAUUCACUAUGAUCUACCAAAAAGUAAAAGUCCGCAUCGAGAUCACGACAGGCGGCAUUCGAAAGAAUCAGAGCGGAAUGGCAGAGAUUCGAAGCGAUUUGCCGACGAACACAGGCGAGAUUCGUCGAGAAGAUCUGUUGAAAAGACGCACAAGAGCGAGGAACGCCAUUCCGAAUCCAAGAAGUCGCCGGAGAAGCCUCUUGCUGCUGCCCGUAUACAAGAAGCUCGACCGAGAGGCGAUUGUCUUCGACAAACUGCACGCCUGCCCCUCAUACGUCGAGAACACAGUCGAUCGGUGGAGCGAAGACGUCACGAGCGAAAAAUGGAGGAGCGGAAAGUCGAACAUCGCAAGCUGGACGAACGAAAUCCCGGCAAGGAGCACAGAAAAUCCGAGUCGAAGAAACAUGAAGAUCGCAAGGCUGAACGCAAGAGGUUCGAUGAUCGAAUGGUGGCCGCGAAGUCUGACGACCGAAAAGUGGAUCAUAAGAGAUCGGAUGACCGAAAAGGAGAGCAGAAAAGAUCAGACGAUCGGAAAGUGGAGUUGAAGAAAUCGGAGGAUCGAAAAGGCGAUAAUAAAAGAACAGAUGACCGGAAAGUGGAUCAUAAACGAUCUGAACAUCAUAAGGAAGAUCAUAAGCGGUCUGACGAUCGAAAGGCUGAGGAGCGAAAGUCGGAGCAUAGAAUACAUGAUGAUCGGAAAACGGAUGACAAGAAGUCACAGGAUCGCCGAAAUAAUGGUGAGCGUAAGAAGGAAGAAGACCGAAAACGUAAGAGUGGAGUGGACAAGAAGGAUGAUGAAGAGCCUGAGAAGAAAAUCGCCAAAAUCGCGGAAGUUGAGCUCACUAUUGAAGAAGUUGAAUGCUGUGAAGGGGAUGACGAAGUUGAUGCGCCGGCUAAAAAUGAUAACCAUUCUGCUGCAGAUUCCACAUCUAUGAACUCGGAAGAUGUUGAAGAACUCGAUUAUAGCGAAGAUGAUUUGAUUGAUCUCGAUGAUGAAUGCGAUUUGGAGAAGGUCGAACAGGCUGCAAAAUGCUCGCCGGUUGAGCACGAAGAAAGUCAUGCCGAAGAGGAAGAGAAAAAAGAAAUAAAGAAGGAGGAGAACGAGAGAAAUGAAAAGAAGGAAGAGAAAGAUGGAAAAGAAAAGAAGGAAGAGAAAGAUGGAAAAGAAAAGAAGGACGAGAAGAAGGAGAAGAGAACUGAUUCAAAAAAUGGAAAUGUUUCGACAAAAACCCGCCACGAGAGAAGCAGUCGUUCGCCAUCGUCGCGCAAGGAGCGGAGUUCGCCGUCGCGUCGUGACAAGGAUCGUCAUCAUCGUCGGGAAAAUGAGAGAUCGGGACGACCAUCGCCAGGAUCCAAGGACAUCCCAUCGCUGCUCACGAUGCGAAUAAGGGCGCCGGAAUCGCCGCGGGAUCGUUGUAAGUUCUCAGGAUCAUCGUCCACGUACUCGUCGGCGUCUUCAACUGCUUCGGAUUAUGGCUUGAUCGGUCCGUGCUGCUCGUGUUCAGCUGCGUCAAGAGCGAGUCCGAACGGUUUCGUGUUCCGGCAGUCGCGCCCAUUCCCAUUGCCACCACCACCGCCACACCAACAUAUAAUGCCCCUAAUGGCCCUUGCCCUUAAUCCCGAACUUUUAGCCCACCAUCAUCACCGACGCGACCAUCGUGACGACGAGCGCCCCGAACAUAGGGAUCGCGAGAGGAACCGCGACGCGGAGAGACGACGUGACGCACCGAGAGCCCGGACGCCACCGAAAAGGAUUUUGCGAGUGGACGAUGAGCGGAGAGAUGUCCGAUCGCGAGAUGCCGGAGAUUUUUUCAAGCGCGAUAGGAUAAGGGAGAAUAUUGAUUUUAGUAGAAAAAGAGUCGACGAUUUCAUGAAACGAAGAACUUAUGAAAGAAGACGCUCACCGAUUGGCCGGCGACCGGAACGCGCUGCGACCUACAAAAAUGGAAUCAGAGAGUGA